AUGCACAGCUCUGCAUUUUCGUCUGUAGACGUCCGUCUCCAAGGCGGAAGCGGCGCUCACGAGGGGAGAGUUGAGGUGUUCUUCAGCGGUCAAUGGGGGACGAUCUGUGAUGACGGUUGGGAAACUGCAGAUGCACGAGUUGUUUGCCGUCAGUUGGGGUUUUCUGGUGCGCAGGAAGCGAAAGGCCAGGCCUUCUUCGGCCAAGGCUCGGGGCAAAUAUGGAUGGACAACGUGCACUGUACCGGCAGCGAGACGAACUUGGGCCAGUGUGACCACAACGGAAUGGGCAAUCAUAACUGUAAUCACGGCGAGGAUGCUGGGGUUAUCUGUAUACCGAAUGACGGAGUCCGUCUCCGAGGUGGAAGCGUCGCUAACGAGGGGAGAGUUGAGGUGAUGCACAACGGCCAAUGGGGAACGAUCUGUGAUGACGGUUGGGGGAUGGAAGAAGCACGAGUUGUUUGCCGUCAGCUGGGCCACCGAUGCGCACAUCGAAGCACAUUCUUCAGUCCAGGCUCGGACCCGAUUUGGAUGGAUGACGUGGCCUGUACCGGCAGUGAGUCGCGCAUAUCCCAAUGCAGUCACCGAGGGUGGGCCAAUCAUAACUGCGGGCACAACGAGGAUAUCGGGGUGGUCUGCGGAACGCACGACGACGACUGUUGCGGUGCGACCUGUCUCCAAGGAACUUGCGUGGACGGCGUCAACACCUAUACCUGUAAUUGUAACCCUGGCUAUGAAGGAUAUCGCUGUGAAACAAACACCAACGACUGCCGUGGUGUGACCUGUCACAAUGGUGGAACUUGCGUGGACGGCGUCAACAGAUAUACCUGUAACUGUAACCCUGGUUAUGAAGGAACUCACUGUGAAACAAACACCAACGACUGUCGUGGUGUCGUCUGUCAAAAUGGUGGAACUUGCGUGGACGGCGUCAACAGAUAUACCUGUAACUGUAACCCUGGCUAUGAAGGGACUCACUGUGAAACAAACACUGACGACUGUCCCGGAGUCAUCUGCCAAAAUAACGGAACUUGCGUGGACGGCGUCAACAGCUAUACAUGUGACUGUGCUCCUGGCUAUGAAGGAGAUCACUGUGAAACAAACACCGACGACUGUCCCGGUGUCAUCUGCCAAAAUAACGGAACUUGCGUGGACGGCGUCAACAGCUAUACCUGUGACUGUGCUCCUGGCUAUGAAGGAGAUCACUGUGAAAUAAACACCGACGACUGUCCCGGUGUCAUCUGCCAAAAUAACGGAACUUGCGUGGACGGCGUCAACAGCUAUACCUGUGACUGUGCUCCUGGCUAUGAAGGAGAUCACUGUGAAACAAACACCGACGACUGUCCUGGUGUGGUCUGUCAAAAUAAUGGAACUUGCGUGGACGGCAUCAACAGCUAUACCUGUGACUGUGCUCCUGGCUAUGAAGGAGAUCACUGUGAAAUAAACACCAACGACUGUCCUGGUGUCAUCUGCCAAAAUAACGGAACUUGCGUGGACGGCAUCAACAGCUAUACCUGUGACUGUGCUCCUGGCUAUGAAGGAGAUCACUGUGAAACAAACACCGACGACUGUCCUGGUGUGGUCUGUCAAAAUGGGGGAACUUGCGUGGACGGCGUCAACAGCUAUACCUGUGACUGUGCUCCUGGCUAUGAAGGAGAUCACUGUGAAACAAGUACGUACUCCUAUUAG